CAAUACUACACUCCAGCGUCUUUCUUUAUCAUGACUUUGAAUUGAUCAGUUAGGAGUCUGCUGCCUGCUCCAAUAGCUUCUUAGCACCUCAAACCAAACAAAACCAAAGAAUACUCUCAGAAAGAGAAGACUCAGUGCUGAUCAAACUUUGCCUGCUAUGAUCAAAAAUGCUCGAAGAAGUGCUCUUUUAAGCUGUUGAUUAACUAAUUUAAAGACUCCAUUGUCCAUAAAUUUUUAAAGCAGAUUAUAUUAGUUCUGUUAAAUGUAUGUUACUAUCCUAGACUAAAGUUAGCCAAGUCAUUUCCUUUAACAAGAAAAAUCUGUAAGAGAAAAAUAAAUAAAUAAAUAAAUGCCUGAAAUUUCAGCAGCCAGUAGCAGUCUUCAUCUGUCUCUCUCUAGAGACCAUCCUGAGAUAAUUUCUAUCCACAUAUUUCCGUUAAAAAAGUGAAGUCGACCAUAUUUGUUAAAAAUUCCCGUCUCCUUCCCUAGUGCACGUGUCGGAACCAAUCCCUGGAAAAAUGCCUCGACCAACUCCUCCCUUGACACGUGCCAUCGUCCACCACACGUGGCAGGAAGCCCUUCCCCCUCAAGCGCUCUUCUCCUUCCUUUCGUCUCUCCCUUCUUCCAUUACUCUCUUCAGUCUCUCCUCAUCUUCUCAAGUAAUUUAGGCUUCUGCUAUCGGGGCGGGGAGAUGAGUAGCAACAGCAACCUGCUCGGCGAGAUCCGGAGCCUCGAGAAGGGCUGGUUCUUCGACUUGGGCCACCCCCUCCUCAACCGCGUCGCCGAGAGCUUCGUCAAGGCCGCCGGGAUCGGCGCGAUCCAGGCGGUCUCGCGCGAGGCCUACUUCACCGCGGUGGAAGGUGCCGGGGUGGAUCCUGGUGCGAUGCCGCCGGACAUGACGAGCGGCAAGAGGCAUAGGCUUUCCGACCUGAGAGGGGAAAACUGCAACAAGUCACUGGAGGCGAUGGUAAAAAACACCGGGAAAGAGUCAUUCCAGUGGGGAAUGGCUGCUGGCUUGUAUUCUGGGGUAACAUAUGGCUUGAGGGAGGUUCGAGGAUCUCAUGAUUGGAAGAAUAGUGCAGUUGCUGGUGCAAUCACUGGAGCAGCAUUGGCUCUGACCUCUGACGACACUUCUCAUGAGCAGAUUGUUCAGUGUGCAAUCACUGGUGCUGCACUUUCCACCGCUGCAAAUCUACUUACUGGCAUAUUCUAAAGCUGACAAUGAAGUUAUCUGGAAGUGAUAGGGACCGUAAUUAGCUCCAAUCAAGGCAUGCCAUCAACUCAAAAUCUUCUGGGAUCUGAGAGCAUGCAUGGUGGUGGAGUUUUUUUUUCCUUUUUCUUUUUCUGUUCUUGUUUGGAUAGGAGCAUGGUGUACUUCUCUUUGCUCCACUUGCUAUUUUCAUAUGCUAGAACUUCAAUUCUUGUUCUAUUCCAUUAUAAUGGUAGCUCUGACUCAACUCUCCCACUCAA